AUGAUCGCGGCCCGUCAGGUUGUACGUCCCCGGAUGCGCUUUGGGAUAGCGCAAUGCUCACCGGUGUCUCGAUUAAUUCCUCUCGCCUCAAGAACUGUCAGCACGGUUAGCUAUCAACCUACUCCUAAGCGCCGCCCAUGGCUGCGACGCCUCAUCUAUUUCGGUGUCUUUAGCUGGCUCGGAGCUCAAGCCGUGAAGUAUGGCAUUUUCCAUAUGGAUGAGGAGCAGCAGAUUGCACAACUUGAAGUAGUGCAAGACCCAGGCUUUGUUGAGUCGGAGGUUUACGGUAACUUCACGGAAGAAGAAUUAGAACAGAGACUUACAUCUGGGCUGCUGAGUGGGAGUGGUAAAUUGCGUCAGAUAUGCGCAAGGCAUGGCUGGUCGGCUUCAGAGCGGCCAUGGACUGAUCCAUUCCAGCAAGUGCCGGCUCGGAGUGCUCAGUCUCGGAAGGCCGAUCCCCCUUUGCUAACUGAUCGCUUUCACAGAAAAUCUUCUCCGUUCGCAACGGGAUGCGGGCAGUGA